UCCAAAUGAGGAAAGGUAGGGAGAAUACUCUCUUCCCGAAUAUAGAAAAAUCCCAAUCCAACUCACAAUUUAAGAGUGGAAAAAAUAGAAAUAAAUCUUGAAUUUGAUUUCAAAGAUAUAGCAAAAUCAAACAACACUUGAGUGAAAUUUUGUGGAUCUUAACUUGUGAAGUGUGUUUUUUCCCAAAUAAAGUAGACUGAGCAUAAGUACCUAUUGAAGUUUGUAAUUUAUUGCCCAUAAAUUUUGUGUUCUUGGGACUCUGCCAAAUUAGUUUUAAUUUUCAUAUUUUUCUGGAGAUUGCAGACUUGGGUUUUUCAAGAUAAGGCAGAAAAAUACCCAGAAAAAGUUUGAUUAUCAAAUCAUGGAAUUUUUUGGAUGAAUUCGUGAUCAUAUUACAGUGUUGGAAUAUUAAAAUGGCGGAUCUGUAUGGAAACAAUGAAUCAGAAGACAUGUCUUCUUUUCUUCAAAUUAUUCUUCAAAAUUCAUCAGAUGUUGCUGCUGCUGCUACUUCUACCCCAGCUGAUGGCCUGUUCAGCGACACCGGGGCCGCGGUUCCGGUGGCAGAGUCUUCCUCUACCAUCAAUUUUUCUGAUCCCAGCAAUUUCUUUGCCAAAGAAUCUGAUGGGAUCAGUUCUUCAGCAAAACUUGGAAAUAUUGGUUCCUUCUUCGAGGUAUACAAAUUUGAGCCUUUUAAUCAGCCAUGUAGUGCUUUCAAUGGUCACACUUAUACCCUUCUUCUGAGCUUGUUAGUAAUAAAAAUACAUUUUCAGAUGUUGACUAUGAGAAACGGAUUGAGUUUGCAUCCAGGCUACUUACCGGGAUCACUGCCAUCAACAUUGGUGUCCCAAUCUGGUGUGGCCUUUGAUGAAGGGAACAUAUUGCUCAAUACGAGUAGACGAGCAGAUACUCUUUCUCAGGAGCAAGAAAUUUUCAGAGAAACAGCAUUUGAAACUUCCCAUCAUGCUUCAUCAUCCCAGCCAAUUUUCAUACCCUCCACGACAACAAACUUCAACUCUCAAAUUCCAGCUGGCUUCACACCACCUGUUCAAAAUAAUUACGGACUUCUCAAUCAUCUGGCAUCUUCCAAGGAUAUUUGCCGGGAUGGUACGCUAUCGCGCUUCCAGUUGGAUACAAAUUUCUCUGGUAACAAUUCAUCACCAGGCGUGUCUUCAUAGAGAAUGAGUAAACGACGUGAAUGCUGUUGUUUUGACUGCUGGUGACCAUCGCAAAGUUGAAACUACCAUUGUUUUAAUAUUUAGAAAUUGCAAUUCGCCUGAAAACUAUGCAUACUGACCUUUUAAGAUUAACUGUGUCAAUAAUGCUCUAGGGAAGCGUUAUUGAACUCUUCUUAAAUUACUGAAUAACAUUUUAGAUUAUUUCAAUGUUCAGAGAUUGGAAGUGUAGGGUGUUGAAUAUAUAUUGCUGAUAGGGGAUUUUUUUCUCCUUCCAUUUUCA